AUGACGGACAUCUCCAAACAAGAAACGAGAUCCUUGGGCCCGAAGGGCUACAAGAUUUCUGCCAUUUCCGGGGCAGAGCUUGGAGUUCUUCCGGCCAGCGCCAAGAAGGCGCACGAUGUUCAAGCCGACGUGUGGCUAGUCGGCAGCCGCCAAGAGGCGGCCAACGGAUUCGAAGGCGUCGACGACGCCACAAAGAAGCUGACGACAGCGACCCAAGGCAACGACAACUCAUCUGCGAAAAUCGCUGAGGAGGCAGAUUUGGCGGGAGUGGUGAAGAGGUUGACCAACCUCUCCUUCGAGGAGACAGAAAAGGGAAGCCAGCGUGAAGACGCCAGCGAUGACGAGGAUGCCGCCCUCACGGUAGCGGAAGUUGCCCAAGCAGCCGCCGCCCUGGCAGACGCGGUAGCUGCCGCCGUCGCCGAGGCCGGUACCGGCAGCGGUUCCCCUGCGGUCUGCCAGGUAUAG